AUGUUUGCCUGCACCAAGUUCAUCUCUACCCCUGCCCUUGUGAGGAGCAGCUAUCAGAUGCUGAGUAGACCAUUAAGUGCAGUGGUACUGAAACGGCCAGAAGUUCAGACAGAUGAGAACCUCAGCAUUUUGUCAGCAUCAGGUCCCUUGUCCUCACUUGUCCCCAGAUAUGGAUUCCAAACUAGUGCCAUCUCAAGGGACAUUGACACAGCAGCCAAGUUCAUUGGGGCUGGGGCUGCCACUGUGGGGGUGGCUGGCUCUGGAGCUGGGAUUGGGACUGUGUUUGGAAGUCUUAUCAUCGGUUAUGCCAGGAAUCCUUCCCUGAAGCAACAGCUCUGGGCUUUGCCCUAUCUGAGGCCAUGGGGCUCUUUUGCCUGAU